AUGUCUUUGAAACCGUCGAUUUCCUCGGAGAAUACGAUGCUUCCUCUGUCGGAUCCUCCGAAAAUUCAACCCGACGACAAGCUUUUCAAAGGUUCCGCCAUGACCAAACGUGGUGCUUACGCUGCCGUCUCGUACAUGUCAUGCGCUGUUCUGUUGGUGAUGUUCAAUAAGGCAGCUCUUUCUUCUUAUAACUUUCCAUGUGCAAAUGUUAUCACACUUCUUCAGAUGGCUAGUUCGUCUUUUUUUCUUUAUAUGUUGAGGCGUUGGAGAGUAAUUAGUUUUACAGCUAGUGAAUCCUUACUUAUAUCAGAUACUUCAACAAAGUUUGUAUCGGUCAAAACUUUGAAGCACACUUUUCCUUUGGCCGCGGCAUAUUUACUUUACAUGCUAGUCACCAUGGAGGCUGUUCGGGGAGUAAACGUUCCAAUGUAUACAACUUUGAGGAGGACAACAGUGGUAUUUACAAUGCUUGCAGAGUUUGUUUUGGUGGGACAGAGGUAUACGCGAUCCGUCGUUUUCAGUGUUGGCUUGAUUAUCUUUGGUGCGUUUGUUGCGGGAGCACGAGACUUAUCUUUUGAUGGUUAUGGUUAUGCCGUUGUUUUCAUGGCAAACAUUACUACAGCAAUAUAUCUUGCUACCAUAGCCCGCAUCGGUAAAACUAGCGGUCUUAAUAGCUUUGGCCUUAUGUGGUGCAAUGGUAUUCUUUGUGGGCCAGUUUUACUCGUCUGGACAUUUAUUCGUGGUGACUUGAAGAUGACAAUCGAUUUCCCUUAUCUCUUCUCACCUGGUUUUCUCGUUAUUUUGCUAUUUUCUUGCAUACUAGCAUUCUUCUUGAACUACUGUAUAUUUCUCAACACAACUCUUAAUUCCGCUCUGACACAGACAAUUUGCGGUAAUCUGAAGGAUCUAUUUACAAUCGGCUUUGGCUGGAUAAUUUUUGGCGGGCUACCAUUUGAUUUCUGGAAUAUAGUUGGACAAAUUCUUGGUUUCACCGGAUCGGGUUUAUAUGCUUACUUUAAGCUCAUUGGCAAAUAA